GCGAUCCCAAGCAGCCGCACUGCCACUCCGUCCACUUCGUCCUCGCUGCCGGCACUGCCUCAUCUCGUGCCUCAUUUUUUACAAAUAAUUCAUAAAACCAGUAAUAAAUAUGACUGAUAACAAGGAGAGGACCUUCAUCAUGAUCAAGCCUGAUGGCGUCCAACGAGGACUCGUCGGCAAGAUCAUCCAGCGUUUCGAGGAGAAGGGUUUCAAGCUGGUUGCCAUGAAAAUGGUUUGGGCCUCUGAGGAGCUCCUAAAGAAGCACUACGCUGACCUUGCAGCUCGUCCCUUCUUCCCAGGCUUAGUCAAGUACAUGAGCUCUGGCCCAGUUGUCCCAAUGGUCUGGGAGGGACUUAACGCUGUUAAGACUGGUCGCGUGAUGCUCGGUGAGACCAACCCCAAGGACUCAGCCCCAGGCACCAUCCGUGGUGACUUCUGCAUCCAGGUGGGCAGGAACAUCAUCCACGGGUCAGACUCCGUUGACUCUGCCAAGCACGAGAUUGGACUGUGGUUCGGCGAGGACAAGAAGAGCGACGUUAUUGACUGGGCUUCCUGGGCUGAGAAGUGGAUCUAUGAAUAAAUACAUUUCCAGUUGUUUUGUUAACAUUCUGACAACAUUCGCUAUAUUGGGAAUUCAAUAAAAAUAUAAAUCUUUUUUCUUAAGUAUAAA